CCUCCGUGCUUGUGUCUCUGGUCGGCUCUCAUUCGAGGAAGCUUCUGCUGCUCGUAAAAUAAAAAAAGGUUCCUUCAGAUGAAUGGCUUGUCAGGGCUGCUUGAUUAGCCCAGCAGCAGCUAAACGCCUUCAGUCCUACGGCUGUUGUCACAUAUUAUGAGCUACAUGUGUGGCUCGGUGUCGGGGAUUUGUUUUGCUACAAGCUAGCUAGCUAGCUGUUGGCUAAGUUAGCCGGCUAGCUAACAAGCUCCGGUGCCGCUAGUGGUGCUACAUAGCCGGGGCUAGCGAGGAAACCGUGUCCUGCGACAGCAUAGCGUGAACGUGUCCAGCGACCAUGGCUAACGUCACAGACCUUCAAACUAAAUACAGCAAGCUGGCACAGGAGUACUCCAAGCUCCGUGCCCAGAACCAGGUGCUGAAGAAGGCAGUUGUGGAUGAACAGGCCAGCUCUGCCUCAUUUAAGGAUCAGCUUAAGCAGAGGGACCAGAGCCUAAGGAAGCAGGAGCAGGAGAUGGACAGUCUCAGCUUCAGGAACCAACAGCUGGCCAAACGGGUGGAGCUGCUGCAAGAAGAGCUAGCUGUCAGUGAAGCCAAGGGCAAAAAGGGGAAGAGCAAAGCAGACUCUCCAUCACAGCAUGGUCUGGAGACUCAGAAUGUUUUUGAUGAGGACCUGCAGAAAAAGAUAGAAGAAAACGAACGACUUCAUAUUCAAUUCUAUGAAGCAGAUGAGCAGCACAGGAAGCAGGAAGCCGAGCUGACGACACGACUCCAGCAGCUGGAAAAAGACUCGGAGCAGCACCAGGCUGUUGUGGACGGACUCACCACUAAGUACAUGGAAACAAUUGAGCGUCUGCAGAGUGACAAGGCUCGUUUAGAGGUGAAAGCUCAGACUCUGGAUAGGGAAGCAAAGGAGUGCAGAAUUCGUACAGAAGAGUGUCAGCAGCAGUUGAGGCGGUGCCAGUCAGAGCUGAACAGACAGGUGAAACAGAGCAGCAGUGUUAUCCAGGAGAAAGUGCCCUUCAAUGACACCAAAUUUGGUGACUACAACAGCCUAAAUGUGCCACCACACAAUCGAAGGCACCAGCUUAAAGCCCGGGACGUGGCGGGUCAGGCCCUGAGCUUUAUUCAGGACCUGGUGGCCGCUCUGUUGAACUUCCACUCGUACACAGAACAGAGAGUGCACAUCUAUCCCCUGGACUCCUCCAUUGAGACCAUCUCCCCUCUAAACCAGAAGUUUUCUCAGUAUCUACAUGAGAAUGCGGCCUAUGUGCGCCCCCUGGAGGACGGCUUUCUGCAGUUACACCAAAGUAUCACAGAGGACACCGUCACAGUACUGGAGACUGUGGUCAAGCUGAAGAGCUUUGCCGAUAAUUUCUCCUCAUACACCCAGUUCCAGCGAAAGAUUCUUCCCUACCAGCUGAAAAGCCUGGAAGAAGAGUGCAGUGCUCCUCUUUGUACCGCUGCCCUUAUUGCGAAAAACAAGGAGUUGCAGAGUGACAUGAAGAGAGUGACUUCUGUGUUUGAGAAGCUGCAGAGCUACAUUAAGCUUCUGGCCUUACCUAGUGUUCAGCAGGAUGCCAUGCCACAGAGCAGCACCUCAGCUGUCUUCACCCAGCUGGCAGCCUGCCUACACAGUCUUCACGAUGCCAUCAAAGAGAUGUCAAAGCACUAUAACCAGAAGGCCAGCUUGGAGCAGGAGCUCCCCACCAUCACCCAGAAGCUCUGCACCACCACAGAGUGCCUGCUGGGAUCUUUGGCCUCUCUAACCAGCAGCACUGGCAAGAUUGCCACUUUCUUUAGCAACAACUUGGACUUCUUCACAUCCCCAGGCUACAGUCCAAGAGGCAGCACAGUAGCACUCAACCCCUUACAGGCAGAGAGUAUGCUGGCCAACAAAAAGAAAGCAGCUGCCUAUAUACAUGCUAUCAAACAGGGCAGGCCUCAGUCUGUUCCAUACAGAGAAGCCCUGUCAAACCGUCGUAUACUCACCAGCUCCACAGAGAGCAGAGAAGGUCUCUCCCAGCAGGUGCAGCAGAGCCAGGAGAAGAUUGCCCGGCUGGAGCAGGAGAAGGAGCACUGGCUCCUGGAGGCCCAGCUGGGGAAGGUGCGGUUGGAAAAGGAGAACCAGCGCAUUGCGGACCUGGAAACACAGCUCGCAGCAGCUCUAGGGGGAAGUCCAAACUCCCAACCAGCUGCAGCCAGCACGCUUUCCCAGAGCCACGAGGAAGCAGAGCGAGAGCAGAAGGAUGAGGGGAAAGAGACGACGCUGUGCACCAGCCUGGUUGGCAUGUUGUGCACAACACCGACAGUUGAGCAUCAGGUGGGAGACGAGGAGUCCUGGGAACAGCUGAUAAAGACUCACUACAUGGUCAGAGUGGGAGAGCUCACCACCCAGCUCCAGAUUUCAGACAGCAAAGCUGUGCAUUUCCACUCUGAGUGUCGAGCUUUGGCCAAGAGAUUAGCCAUUGCAGAAAAAUCAAGGGAGACUCUGAGCGAGGAGGUCAAACUGGCUAAUCAGAACAUCACCCGCUUGCAGGACGAGCUGACUACAACGAAGAGGAGCUACGAAGACCAGCUCAGCAUGAUGAGCGACCACCUGUGUAGUAUGAAUGAGACUUUGAGCAAGCAGAGAGAGGAAAUCGACACGCUCAAACUGGGCAGCAAGGGAAACACAAAAAAGAACAAAGGUCGCUAGAGCUGCCCUCUCAACUCUGGCUCCAUUUUGGCACCACAAAAAGCACCUUGAGAGAAGAUCUGGUCUGUGGAGCCUCCCAGCACUGUCACCAAACCACAGGACGGCUCCAUGAGCUCCAGAUCCCGCCACUGUCAGGCAGUGGCAAUACGAACUUGUAUGGAGACUUGAACAUGUUUGCCUAAAGAAGCUUCUUUUUUUCCCCCCCUUUUCCUUGUCACAGCACCGUUUUAACACACCAUGAUUUGCAACACAUGCUUUCUGAAACUGCACCGGAAGCUGCUGCUUGACCUUUUGGCCAAAGCAGAGUGGGAGAGAAACAGCUUUCCACCCAAAAGGGACAGAGAAAGAUAAACAGUGGGAAGAGUCGAUGCUGGUAAUGCUAACUGACGUCAAGACUUAAAGACCAAACCCUGUUAAUCAGCGUGUGUACUUUCCCUGCUUUUUUUUUAACGUAUGUGUAAAAGAAAAAUGAAAAUGUUGGUGUGGCUGUAUGUGUGCAGAGUGUCAUCUCAUCGUUUGACUGUGACACCAGGCUUAACAAUAUGCGAGUAUUGAUUUACAUGUAGAAAUUAUAUAUAUUUUUUUUUAGAUCAAAUUUCAGAUAAUUUGCGCAAGUGGUUCCAAGGCUGUAUGUAAAACGACAUACAGCAUAAUACCCCUAACAACACAUGCAAAUAUCUUGAGCUUCUGUAAAGAAGGGCUUUAAAACCUGAAUGAACAACAAACAAAGACAAACUUGAAUUCAUUCCUAAUUUUGGAGAUUUUUCAGUCCUGUGGGAGUGGAGCUAAGGCAUGAAAAAAAUGUCUGCCUUGAAGCACUGAUUAACUGUGUUUACUUAGACAAAAAGAGUAGGAUGGACAAGUCGGAGCGUGUAAAAUGGUGUCAGUCCGUCUCUGUGAAGUUACUCUGAAACAAUAGUUGUUUUUAUCACCAAAGUAAGUGUGGCUGUGCACUCAGAAGCCCGGUGUGGCACAGCAGUCUCUAAAUUCAUGUUGUAAUAUGUAUGCACAAAAAGGUUUAAUGUGAAUAUACACUCAUUUGAAAUCAUGAUAUAAUUGUACUGUAUCAUUUCUAAAAUAUAUAUAUAUAUACACAAAGGCAUUUAUUCAGAGGUUACAAAUGUUUAUUUUACCCCAAAAUUGGAAAACUGAGUCUUCAGCUAGUUUUUCUCCUGUAAGGUUAGAUCAUGGGGAACAGUCAUAUUGAGGGAUUUGACCCAUAAUGCAACUGGUGCUUGGAUAACCUGAUGCAUGAGUCAUGGGAGAGUGCAGUUAAAGUUUACAGUAAAGUACAACUUCUUUGGCGUGUAGUGACAUGAGGAAAAUAAAAAUAAAAGACCAACAAUGGUUAUGAGCAGUUCAUUCAAACCCCCAUUUGCCAGUCUACACCUGCCAGCAAACCUUUUCAUCAUAAAAGAUUUUCCCACAACCCCAAACUGAUUCUUUUUUUUUUAAAGAAUAUUAAUACUUGUAUUCUCACAAUGUAACCUGUUCAAAAAGCACAUAUAAAUGUGUGAAACAAAAUAAAAAAACUUGUUCAACAUUUAAA